UGUUUUGCAUCAAGAAAAUGCAAUGGCCGCCAUCUUCGACUCUCGUGAAUGUUUUGAUCGUAGUUUCGGACUUUGAGGGCAAUUUUACAAGUGCUAUGCAGUUAUUUGACGGAAAUUGUUUCGCUACACUGUAGGAGUUAUUGUUACGUUCACGCACAGUCACAUGAAAUAAGGUCGGAGGCCGCAGUGGUCUCCUCGGCGUCAUCUCGGGCUUGACCCAAGAUGAUAAUAUUUACAGCAUGUCAGCUUCUCCAGACUUUGAUCCUGCUGCCCGGCAAGAUUACCGGCCGGCCACCUCCAGUGAAAAUGUGUAUGAACAUGUUAUGGAACAUAAAUUAGCAGAUAAUAUGAGUGUACCAAGCAUUAGAACUCCAGUUUUAAGGGCUCUGCCCCUUUCCCCCCCCGAUGGUGACCCUGAACCUGAUUCUACUCACCCUGAAAGUAUUAUUCAGUCCGCACGCAGUAAUAUUGAUAAAGAAGUAGAAUACCACAUUACUGACAAGAGACGGGACACAGAGAUGUCUGUGGAUGCACUAGCUGGACUUGUAAGGAUUGAGGAAGGUCUAGAUAAUGUUGGACGCAUUACUUACCCUAUUAUUCAAGAAGGAGAUGACUCUGGUGAUGGCAACUAUGAAAACACAAGUGCCACUCUCAUCCAGGCUCCACUGAACACUGCAAUUGUUCAGAAUGUCACAAAGCUGCCACAGAAUUUCACUAUAAAUGUAGAUGCCACUGUUAGCAACAUUACAGCUAUUCAAAAUGUAUCACAAGAUGUGGGCAAUCAGACCCUAUGGCUGCCCACUAUUCUCACAAGUGCUGCCCCUACCGACAGCAAAAGUGAAGAGGACAGAUCCCAAUCUGGUCUAUCACAGAUUAUUAUAACCAGUGAAAGCUAUGUCAAUGAUACAAAUCAAUUGGGAAGGCGGACAAAUAUAGUCACGGAGACUAGCUAUGCGAGCCGACCCAAAUCAUCAAAAGUGCAAAUUUUGAGCAACAUAUCUAUCCCAAAGAACACGAGUUAUUCAUCACAGUAUAUAACCCAGGGCAAAGAUCUCGCCUCACCAGUAUAUGGCACACAGAAUCAUGUGUACAAGUUGAGCACUAAUGUGAUGUCACAAAAGCAUUUAAACAAUUCAGUACUAUGCUCGAAGCCUCCAAAGAGUCAGUCUCUAAUCGGCUGCUCUACAUUGUCACCUGCAGUAAUCAGCAGCCCUAUCAAGAAUGUCUCUUAUAGUCACACUUUUACAAAAAGCUCGAAUUUAAAAUCUCUGGGCAAAGUGAACAAUGGUGCUAACUUAAACGCCGUGGUUGCGGCGUCCUCGGGCAACACACAGUGCCAUAUACUAUCGCGGGUUGUCUCGGGCCCUAAUAAGAUGUCUGUUCACUCAGGCAGAAAAUCUGUAAAUACUUUAAAACAGGCAAAAAAUUCUGGACAGCUCUCGGGACAGAAGAAUCAAUCAAGAGCUAUCAAGAUAAUACAGCAGGCAGGCACCGCACAUAAAUCAGAGUCAAAGGCCUGGCCUAUUGCUAGUGUGGCUACAUAUAAGAACCAGCAGCCAAUAUAUGGUGUAGUGGACUCAAACACAUCUAAGAUUAUACAAAAAGUGGGAAGUCCGACACAUAAGAGUCAUCAUCAGAUUCAAAAGUUGCCUUCUAAAGGGGAGAGGUUGGUUCUCCAAUCUCCUUGUGGGCCCGUACUUAUAUCUACAGCACCUAUAAGCACAAGUAUGCCGCGCGGGCCUCACUAUGUACAGUCUGGUGCGACUCCCAACUUAAGAUACGUACAGACAUACACUCCGACAGAUAAUCAGCUCUCUACUGUGUCUCAAGUGUCUGCAAACCAGCAGCUGACUGCACAGAUAUUGCAGUCGCUAGCGCAGCCUAAGCUGAUGCUGCAUCCCAGUGCAAAUUCUCCACUGAUACCACCUCCUCAACCUGUGGAGGAACCCAUGGAGCAAAAACCGAUUAAUCAAAGGAGAAUUGUGUUCGGUGACAAGUCGACACGUUUAACAGCAGACGAUAUAAUCGGCAGCGAGGAGCGGCCGAAUCUAUCGGAAGAAUUACAGCGGUAUACCUUCCACGACCUGGCCAUCGUGAUGUUGGACCACACAUACGCGCUGCCGGUCCAGAAGCAGCCCGCGCCCGCUCCGCCGCCCGCCCCCGCUCCCGUCUAUGCGCCGCCGCUCCCGCUCCCGCUGCCGCCCGCGGUCGUGUCGCCUCCGCCGGCACCGACGCCUCCGAGCCCGUUGAAGAGGCACUCGCCGGUCAUAAUGUCAACCGCGCCUUACGAACCGCCGGCACCUCUGGUAGUACCCAUUCCCGCCGCUCCAGCUCUGCCACUGAGCACUCUGAGUUACAAGCCUCCCCCGAUACAAGAUGACGAUACCGCCUCCGUCAUCUCAUCGAUCGACGGCGACCGUCGCCCCGCCGCCGGCGGCAGCGACACUGAAACCGCACCAGAAGGCGAGGAGGAAGGAAAAACUAGAUGCAUCUGCGAGUUUACACACGACGACGGAUACAUGAUCUGUUGCGACCGCUGCGGCGAAUGGCAGCACGUUGACUGCAUGGGCAUCGACCGUAACAACAUCCCCGAUGCUUACAUGUGUGAACUGUGCCAACCUCGAGCUGUUGACCGAAGGCAUGCGAGAGCGAUUCAGCUACGCAAGCGAGAGGAACUUAGCGCACUCGGCGCUUCAGAUACGGACUCUUCAGAAAGCACCAGGGUGCCCGGAGCGCGUCGCAAGCGACUCCUCACUGUCACCACUUACACUGACACUAGCGGGUCUUGUGUAACUACAUAUAAUUCGGCCUCCCCGGCCGUACCUACCUUACCACCGCUACCUCCCAUGCCGCAGCCGACCCUCACUUUACCAAAACGCGGCCCUAAGCGCCCUAAGAAGGCCGAAGUUGUCAGAAAAGGAACCAAGAGAAAACUCGCAGAAAAGAGGGUCAAACGUAAGAAGGAGCUGAUGAUGAACCGAAGCAAAUACGCCACGACUGUAUCCAGUCAAUCCCAUUGGGGAGAAUCAUUUGAGCAGGCGAUGACUAACCAUUACAGCCCCGAACUGAGGGCAAAAAUAAUGAAAUAUAGCAGUAAACUAGGCAAUACGCCGAACAUGUCCUCCGCUAUAACAGCGCAUUUGUGUACUACUGUGCCGCAUGCGGGAGGGAAAAUCCUUAUUGCGACAAAGGACUUGAAAGAAAACACACCAGUGAUAGAACUCAGAGGGAAAUAUAUGCUGUCGAACCAGCACAGGCCGCAGCUGCAGAAUUCAGCGCGUGCGGGCAGCCAGAAACCAGGGCCUUUCGUCUUCUUCUACAGACUGCCCAAGGAUAACACGCAGAUCUGUAUUGAUACAAGAACGUAUGGCAACGAAGCCAGGUUUGUUAGGAGAUCUUGCAAACCCAACGCGGAACUCCAACAUUGCAUCAUCAAAGGCGCGCUACACGUCUACUUAUACACUAUUGGGACGAUCCCCUCGAACACAGAAAUAACAGUCGGACACGACACUAACGGCAGCAAACAGCCAUGCGCCUGCGGAAACCCUAAACACUGCAAGAUCAACGGAUUUAAUUCCUCACUAGUUACGAGGAAAAGCAUUGAUUACCCUCCAAGAGAAAAGAGGUGCAGAAACAGGUGUUCCAGCUCAUCUUCCCCUGCAUCGCCACCGCUAGCACCUGUCCUAGCUUCCCCGGCUAAAGAAUACCCUUGCCCAGUAACACCCAUCAAGUUGGAAAAGAAAUCGCCUAUCAAAUACGAAUACUCACCAAUGUCUCCCGUAAAAAGCGCCAUCAUGGCCCUCAACUUUGAUCAGCCGGUGAAAACAGAGGCCCCAGAAGAUACCAAACCAGAAAUGGAUUUAACGGCCAAAGAGGAGAUGAAACCGGAAAUAGACGAGCCGGAUUAUGUGAAAAUGGAGACUGAGGAGGAGAAACCGGCAGAACCGGUUAUGCCAGAACCUGAUCCUCAACCUCAACCUCAACCUGAACCAGAACCAGAACCGAUUAAGGCAGAACCAGAACCAAUCAAAGAGGAAGUGAUUCCUAAAAAGGAAGAAACUAAGGCAGAACCUGAAUCUGAUGAAGAAAAACCUGUAAAACAAGAAGUGCUGAAAGAGGAAAUUAAAGACGAAAUAAAAGAAGAGCCUAAAGAAGUUAAACAGGAGCCUAGUCCAAAGAAAGAGUCUCCUAAAGUGGAAGAAAGGGAGCGUAGGACUAGACGAGAUGGGCUUGAUGAUGAAAGACCGGCUACACGGGAAUAUACAGCCAAGUCGGCGUGCCACGACCGAUCAUCCAGGUCUAGUAGGAACACUUGUACCAACCAGGACUCCUUGGAUGAUAAAACUGAUGAUUCGCAGGACAAACUGCCGACCAACAAAGAGAAGGAUAAGAAGAAAAUGACUCGUGAGGAGCGUAAAAUGGAAGCCAUAAUGAAGGCGUUCGAACGCAUGGAGAAAGCGGAACAGCGCAAACAGGAGGUGAAAGAACGGCAAAAGCGGAGGGAAUCCGAUCCCCACCCAAAUGCGGUGGACAAAGAUGAGGAUGAUGACUUCCAGUGCAGCUCGAAAAAGAGGAAGAAACGCAAAGGCCGCGCCCGCACCACGUCGCAGUCCAACCGGCGGCGCCUGAACUCGGCCGACAGCGACCUGGUGACGUCGGGCGACGAGCCGCGCUCGCCGCGCCCGCCCCGCCCACCCCGCCCACCCCGCAGGGACAGCGCGCCGCACAACAACGAGGCCGACAGGAACAACGAUGCCAUCAGCGAAGAUCUUGGCCUAAGCUCAGCAUGUUUACUAGUAGAAGCCGCCGUCGGUUCAGUGGAAUCCGCCUUUAAACUGCCUAAAACUAAGAAAACGAUGGCAACGGAAUGGAUCGGUCGGUCGCCCGAGCGGACGCCGUCGCCCUACAGAUCUCCGUACAGACCGCCUUUGAUGUCCGCCACAUCUUUAGAGAGCCUCGUGAGAGUUGCCUCGACGAUGAUUGGCGAUUUAAGUGGGGCCCCAGAUUUCCACGAGGAAGAUGCGGCAUCCCCACCCAGAACCCCCAGCCGGGAUCGAAGCAGACCCCCAAAGAAGGCUAGGAGGAUUACUCGGAGUACCCCUCCGACUGAAGUCGUGGAAACGACGCCUACUGUGAUACCCCAGCAUAGUGCUAAGAAACGGUGGCUCAGACAGGCCAUCAGUGAAGAAAGCGAUUCUCCUAAUGCGGAUGCGUUUGUUGCAGAAUCCCCGCCCAACGAAAUAGUGACGCCAUUGAAGAAGCGACGGUUAGCGAGAGAAUCGCUAUCCUGCGAACCUAAUAAUAUUGUGCCUUGUCACGACGAAACGUCACCCAACUUAACGUCCGAGGAUUCUCCGGUGAAGGACGACGGCGGUCUGAUCCGGCAGUACAACGUGCGCGGCAUCAUGGAGGGCGUGUACGGCCGCGACCGCACGCGCUCCGACAGCGGCCAGGGCUCCGACGACCAGUGCCACCCCGACCACGACGUGCUCAACGUCAACGUGGCCACCGCCGACACCGAGCACAUCCGCCGCAUCAUCGGCGUGCCCACCCCCGAGGACGAGCUGCUCCCGCCGGCCAAGCCCGACUUCGCAACCAACAACAACAACGUCGAGCCCGACGACCCGAACUACGACAAGGUCGUCCCGAUGGACAUCGACACCACUGUCACCCCUCAACCGAAAUUAGAAAGCAGUGAACCCACAAACUGUGAUAUAAAAGGAAUGGACCUGCUCAAUGAUAAACAGAACAGUUCCCGAUCCGCAGAUACUAGCGGGAACUCGUCUCCGCAGCGCGACGAGAUGGACGACAUACAGAAGAAGAUACACUCCUUCCACACCGAAAACAUUCUCAUCCUCAAGAGCAGGAACAAGAAACCUCCGAAAGAAAAGCGGAAGAAGGUCAAUCUGAACUUUGAUCUCAACAUGGUGGACGACCAAAUCAGUAUUCAAUUGCGCACAGAGAAAGAAAGUUCGAAGUCGCCAGAGAUUAAUGGUGACAUUCACGACGAUAUCAGCAAUUCGGCGUUACCGGCCCCCGAAAACAUACCUUUGCCGGACGAUCCGGGCCCGAUUCCUCCUCUAGAAGCGAUACCGCUACCGGAGGAGCCGAUGCGGCCUAUAAAGAAGCAAUUUACGGGGAACAUGAGGAACUCCAAACUGGUGAUUAAUGGAGUCAUGCACGACUCGUACACGAUCGGGGACUCGAUGGCUCUGCCGGCGCCGGAGAACAUCCCCCUGCCGGAAGACCAGGGCCUGCUAUCUGUGAUACCGCCGCUGGAGACGAUUCCUCUGCCCGAGGAGCCGCGGCGGCCGCUCAAGGCCCGGGUCAAGCAGAUGAUCGAAAAAGAGGAGAAGGAGGCGUUAUCCAACGAUACAGACUCAAAGUCGUCCGAAGUCAACGGCGAGGUGCACUCCGAAGUGGAGUCCAUUCCUCUGCCGGACGACAUCCCUUCACUAGAGGCUAUCCCUCUGCCGGAGGAACCGAUGGAACCGGUGCGGGUGCCCGCGUCGCCCGCGAGCAAACCUGAAGAAAAACACUUACCGGGGAAAGAUAAACCCUCAGUUCUGGAGAGCCCGCUCCCCUUCUCGUCGAGGUUCAGCUCGACCGGACUGUUUUCGGGGAUCUUCAGCAACUUCUCGCAACCCUACGACGUGCCGGCGUCCGCGGACCCGGUGCCGUCCAUAAUAAAAAGUGCAAUAGAUAGGACUACAAGUUUAGACAAUAGUAUAUUCGACAAAGAUAGUAUUACGGGUGUGGACGAACUGAAGAGUGUGCAGGAGAUACUGACUCGCGUGAGCAAUAUGGACUCGAAUAACAGUGUGCUGCUGUCGGGCGUGCUGCAGACGUCGCUGGCGGAGGCGGGCGCGGCGCACAGGCCCCCGGGCGGCGCCAGGCCCCACGGCGCGCGCGCCGCCGACCCGCGCCUGCACCCGCCGCCGCAGGACAAGCCCAAACCCGUCAGGAGGAAGCUCUCUAUCACCGAAUACCGCAAGCGGCACCGAGGGCCCCUGAGCGAGGAGCCGCACCCGUCGGAGAGCGAGGCGCACGGGCCGGAGUGGUCGUCCGAGUCGUCGGGCGCGUCCGGCGCCGGCUCGCUGUCGCCGCAGCGGCUCGACGCCGCCGCCGCCGCCGCCGCCGACGACCUGGAGCAGAGGCUGCAUCGGGAGCUCGCUAAUGCGCAUUUGCCUAAAGUCGUACCAUCGGACAGCGGGGCGCUUACAGGAGUGUUCGACGCACAGCCUACGGCGUCAGAGCGGCAGCGGGAGAACCUCAGCUCGCGGCUGCGGCGCGAGUUCGGCCUCGCCCUGCCCGAGGACGAGCGGCACGAGCCCCCCGCAGGCGGUGGCGCGGCGCUGCGACAGAUAGAGCGUAAGGCAUAUUUUUGUAAAUCUCACGGCGCGGGGCGCCGCUGUACAGCUGAUCUAAGUUAACGUACGUUUUGUACCGCGGGAGCGCCCGAGCGCUCAAACUGUAUAUUUCCGUUUCACUUCAGUGUUCUUUUCACGGUUUUUCUGCAAGUACAAAUUGUUUUUAUUUCCCUUUGUAAAUAUUGUACAUAGGAGAUGAAUUAAGAUAGGAUGUAGUGGUACAUAUGUAUAAUGGUAUAUUUUUUUUAUGUAUGUAUAAUGUUUAUGUAUGUCGGAUAUAUUUAUUUAAUAGAAGGACCGUCUAUAGAAGGAUUGCUAGGAUUUUUGUACGCAUAAUGUUUAAGUAAAUUAUAGUUGUUUUUA